UUGCGAUCUUUACAUUUUAUAAACAUAGAAAUAGACCAUGCAGAACAGAAAAACAGUCUAGUUGGUUUUAGCCAAAUAUUUUGUUAUUUGCUUUGACAUCUGUCUAAAAAAUGUCUUUCAGGGAUUUAAGAAAUUUUACCGAAAUGAUGAGGGCGCUUGGAUAUCCACGCCUAAUUUCUAUGGAAAAUUUUAGAACUCCAAAUUUUCCUUUGGUUGCCGAAAUUUUAAGAUGGCUUGUUAAAAGAUAUGAUCCCAGUGCCGACAUGCAUCCUGAUAUAGACACUGAACAGGAUCGGGUUAUUUUCAUCAAGUCUGUUGCAGAGUUCAUGGCUACAAAAGCACACAUUAAACUGAACACCAAGAAGCUGUACCAGUCCGAUGGGUAUGCAGUGAAGGAGCUACUAAAAGCCACCUCGAUUUUGUACAACGCCAUGAAGACGAAUGUCGCACAGGCACUGGAACAGCCCGACAACGACACGACGGAGAAUGUUUCCUUUGAUGUGUCAAGCAAGCCAUCCAUGGGAAAGUUUGAGAUCAGUGACCUCAAAGAAGCGAGACGAUUGGCUUCAGAAAUUACAACUCGCGGAGCUAGCUUGUACGACAAGUUAGAGAAGGAAGUUGACUUGAGGGAGGAGCGAAUUAUGGUGUUGUCACGGUCAUUGGAGAUCAAUGAAGUUGAAAAUGGUUUGCAUUCAUCAAUCAAGGCAGUGGAGGCUGAGAUAGCGAAGACUAUGCAGAUGCUUGAUAACGUGGCGUCUGACGAAGCAAACCUGGAGGCCAAGAUUGAGAAGAAGCGGAGUGAACUGGAGAGAAACCACAAACGACUGUCAACACUACAGAGUGUCAGGCCUGCCUACAUGGAUGAAUAUGAGAAACUGGAAGAGGAUCUACAGAAACUGUACGAGACGUACAUGAUAAAGUUCCGUAACCUGACCUACUUGGAGCAGCAGCAAGACGAGUAUUACAGAGUGGAGCAGGACAAGCUAGAGGAAACCGAGGCAGCUCUGAAACUAAUGGCGGAGAGGAUCCGCAGUGAAGAGAGGAAACAGGAUCAGAUAACUCCAGAUGACGAUCAAGAGGACAUGUUUGAAAAUUGGUGUAUAGAAAAUUUAGAUCAAAGGAAGUUUGGAAGCAAAGUGCCCCAAAAACACAAAUCAAAAAAUGUCAUCAAACUGAGAAGACAAUCUUUGAAACGUCCUGAUGAGAGAUGACGAUGGUGCAGCAUCUGAAGAAGAAAUACACGUAGCUGCUCAGCGGGAGAGACCGAAACAUCACAGAACAAGGCCUGAAGCUGCAGCAAUUGACCCACGAGGUGCGGGAAUCAACAACCGCAUGCUGGGAAGCAUGAAUCCCGAGAUCAAUGA